GGCCUUGGGCCUCUUGGACAGGUCUCGGCGACUCGACCUUCCUUUCACGCUGCGUCCGAACUCGUUCUCCGGACGAGAUUCGGGACACGCUGCAAGAUUGUCAGGAUUUGAUCGUCCUGUUCGAUUCCAAGUAUAUUGUUGCGGUGAUUCAGCUGGUGUAUGCGUAUGUGAACGGAAAUCCGCUUCUGAUCAAGAAGGUGUACACAAUUAGAGGAAACGCUUGCAGUCUAUGGGACUAAGUAAUUUUAGGUUAGGGCUUUGAUUCGAGGUCAAUUCACUCCCCUAGAUACAAUGGGAGGAAUCACUGCAGCCUCUGGUGGACGGAAUAUAGACAAUGGAGACCUUCUAUCGCUACAAGCCCGCAUGAAGAAGGAUCCUCCUGGUUACGAGGAAGAGCUUUUGCUACAGCUCAGGCACUUCGACGCCUGCAUCUCAAUUUUGUUGCUACAAGCUCCUGUUCAAGCUCCAACUGGUCCUACUCCAGCCGGUGAGAGUGGCCCAGCCAAGGAGGUAGCGGAUGUUGCAAUGUUUUUGGCCCAUAUGGCCCCGUUCUAUCCUCAACAUCUGAAGGAGUUACCUCAGAAGCUUCUGCAGGUUUUAAGUAAUUAUCAGUCUCUACAACCACAUCUUCGCCGACAAUUAACUCAAUCGCUGAUCCUGCUGCGCAACAGAAAGAAGGUGGAGUUGACUCAGAUACUGCCUAUACUGAUAGAUCUUCAGUGCGUUGGAGACCGGGUGCUACGGAAGCUUGCGUUUUUGCACAUCAUUCAUGACAUCCGAAGAACGAAUCUCAAACAUAAGAAUGAGCAAUUCAACCGGAGCGCGCAGAAUCUUCUUUUCAACAUUUUGAAGGGUGAUGAGGAAGUGAAGGCUAAGAGAGCUUUGGUUGUACUAGCGGAACUUCAUCGGAGAAAAGUGUGGACUGAUGAGCGAACAGCAGACGCAAUCUGCUCAGCGUGCUUGCACAAGUCACCCAGGAUCAUGAUUGCCUCUCUGCGUUUCCUUCUGGGGUACGACCAGGAAAAGGAAGAUCAAGAGGAAGAUGAAUCCAGUGAUGAAGAAGAAGACCCUGCUAAAUUAUCCGUGAACGUGGACCGGGAAUCCAUCUACAAGGCCUACCACAAGGGUACUGUCUCCAGUAAGAGAAAGAAGCAGGCAAAACUUCAAAGAGUAAUCCGAAGUAUGAAGAAGCAGCAACGUACUCAUUCUCGUGAAAUGGAACAAGGUAGCCAUGCGCCGCUACAGCAUGUGGUUGAUCCUCAAGAAUUUGCGGAAAAGCUGUUUGCACGUCUCCGGUCUUGCAAUGAAAAAUUCGAGGUUAAGCUGAUGAUGAUGCAGCUCAUAUCGCGGACGGUGGGUAUCCAUCGCUUGAUAUUGCUGAACUUCUAUCCAUUUCUACAGCGCUAUAUUGAGCCUCACCAGCGGGAUGUAACUUUGGUGCUAGCAGCGGCGGUUCAAGCUUGCCAUGACCUGGUCCCUCCAGACGCAAUCGAGCCUGUGAUUCGACAACUUGUAAAUCAUUUCGUGCAUGACCGCGCUCGUCCCGAGGUGAUAGCUGUGGGUUUGAACGUUGUCCGCGAAAUCUGUAUGCGAGUGCCUCUGAUCAUGACUCCAGAGUUAUUACAAGAUCUUGCACUUUACAAGAAGAAUAGGGAAAAGGCGGUCGCAGCUGCGGCUCGCUCCGUCAUUGCCGUUUACCGGGAGCUCAUGCCGUCUAUGCUGGGGAAGAAGGACAGAGGACGCAAUGCGGACCUCGCCGCGAAGCCUAAAGCUUUUGGUGAGGUCUCAGUAGCUACAGGUGUUCCUGGAGCAGAGCUACUUCUUGAAGACACUGAGAGCGAAAAUGAGGAUGGUGAAGGUAGUGAGGACGAAGAAGAAGAUGAUGAUGACGACGACGAAGGUGUGCUGACUUUGGAAGAGGAAGAAAGCGGAGAUGAGCAAGUAACAAGUGAUCUGGAUGGGGAGGAGGGUGAAGACGAAGAUGAUGAAGAUGAUGAUGAAGAAGGGGAUGAUGAAGAUGACGAGGGAGUUGAACUUACUGGAGAAGAGACUCCAGUUAGAGCCAAGAAGAAGAGGAAAGUUGAAGGUCAGGAGACACCCGGUACUCCUGGGACACCUAUGACACCUGGGACUCCAGGAACUCCUGUAACUCCUAGCACGGGACAAAGUCUUCGAAAUCUGAGAAAGCAAGCGGUCUCAAAAUCCAUUGAUACUUCAGAAAUUAAAAGUAAAGAUGGUGAUGGGAUCCUUUCUAAUGAGGAUUAUGAAAAAAUCCGUGUCAUGAAGUCCAAAAGAGCGGCGAAGGAAGCUUUAUCAGAUCAUGGACUUACCAAGGCUGGAAAGAAGAGGAAAGAAACAUCCGUUAAAUUGACAAAUCCAGAUAAUUUAAGUGGCCGACGAGUGGACCCUGCGGUCUUGGAGGCUCAUGUAAAACGGCGAAUGGAAAAGGAGGAGAGGGUUGCUAUGGUGAAAGCAGGUCGUGAAGACCGCACUCCCUACUCGUCUCGCACAGCCACUAAGCAGAAAAAGACCGGAGGUAUGAGUAACAAACAAAAGAACAAGAGGAAGGCACUACCUCUGGCUGCAGUUCGGUCGAAGGUGGCGAGAAAUGCUGAAAUGAAAAGGAUGAAGGGUCGGGGCAAGAACCAGUUUCGUGGUAAGAAGGCUUGGAAGAGCUAAAUUUGCCUUUUCUGGAGAAGACCAGAAUUGGUUGUUGUAUCUUUACCCAUUUCAUUCUUUAAUAUCAAACAUAUCCCAUGGAGACCGACACAGUUGCUUAUCCAAUUAUGAGGUGAUUGUGUUUCCCU